CUUUGAGUUGUUGCCGAGGAAAUAUAAAGUUGAUGAGAUGGAUUUGAGAAUCUCAUGCCAGAUAAUAACACUGUUUGCUUGCGUGUGGACUCUAAACGCAGGGUACAGUCUGGAGGGUUUUAUUGAAAAGGUGACUGCCCUUCUUGGAGAAGAUGUUGUUCUACCUUGUUCCUUCGAGUUUCCCGAAACUGGACCUGUUCCAUAUAUCAUCCAGUGGCACAAACAAGGAAUCAAAAUUCCCAUUUUCAUUUGGUACGAAGGUUAUCCCCCUCAUAUUGGUGAAGGUUAUGACGGACGAGUCUCUCUCACGGAUCGGGCGUCUCUCAAUCUAACCAGCUUACAGGAUCACGAUCAAGGAAUCUACACAUGCGUAGUCAAUUUUUUCGACAGAUCUCCGAACCCAAAAAGGAACGCGAGCUUCGUUCAUCUGUAUGUUCACGCACCACCACAUUUUCGUAUCAAACCACACGAAGUUGUUCAUGUGAGGAUAGGCGAAAAAUUAUCUCUUCCAUGUGACGCUGAUGGAACACCCGACCCUCUUAUUCGCUGGUACAAGGACAACGUACCCGUGACCGAAGGUCUCACAGUAAGAAUCAACCGAGGAACCUUAGAAAUAGCUAAAGUGGAACGAACACAUAUUGGAGACUAUGUGUGUAGGGCACGCAACAGCGAAGGAAGUAUUGCAGCCAAGACGAAGGUUAUAGUUGCUGGUCCAGCGGUUAUCACUGUGCCACCCCGUAAUAUUACAACGCUAGAAGGGGAUAAAGCGGAAUUCAUCUGUGAAGCAAAAGCACUGCCAGCAAACCUUACUCAUCGUUGGUUAUUAAAUGACAAAGAAAUCUUUGAACUGAACUGGCUGGUAACCCGAACGGUUGUCAAGAGGGAUGGGACGCUAUUUAUUAACCCUACAUCAGCAGAGGAUUCGGGACUUUACACCUGCGAAGUGUUUAAUGGAAUUGGUACGCCGGAAAAGGCGUCUUCUUACCUUAGUGUAGAAUAUCCAGCUAGGGUUACUUAUUCCCCGACCAUCCAAUAUCUUCCUCUGGGGUUGUCCGGGAUUAUCCAUUGUUAUGUGCAAGCUAACCCCCCGUUUCUACAUAUCAAAUGGAGUAAAGAUGAUCGUCCGUUUGACCCAAAAGCUCAUUAUGGGGUAAUAAGUCUAAACAAUGGUUCUCUGCAGAUACAGAGGGUGACCCAUGAGCACCAGGGUUGGUAUAUCUGCACUCCAUAUAAUGUAUAUGGUACAGCGGGGCAAUCGAAUAGGAUGGAAGUAUUAGUGCGAGAUCCACCGGUGUUCACUGUGAAGCCUGAAGAGCAGUAUCAGCGACGUGUCAACAGCGAAGUGACUAUGCCUUGUUAUGGUAAAGGACAACCAAAGCCAACAAUAGAGUGGAGGAGGGCGGACAGCAAGAAGCUCUCACGUGACAGAAGCUCUCAGCGUAACGGUAAUCUGACGAUACGGACGCUGAAGAAGGAGGACCAUGGUCGUUACGAGUGUGUUCUUCAGAAUGACAUUGCCACACUCGUCACAAGUACUUUGCUUGUCGUUGAAGGCACAACGCCUCACGCUCCCUUGAACAUUACGAUCAAAACAAGUGCUUUUUCGGCUACCUUGAGCUGGUUGCCUGCUUACGAUGGGAAUUACCCACAGUCCUAUGUCAUCUGGUAUCGAACAGCGGAGCAGGGAGACAGCCCGUGGCGAACUAUGCGCGUCGACCCAGAUGAAGCCACCACUUUUACCAUAUACAACCUUCAGCCAAGCUCGGAGUAUGAGUUUCGAGUCCUUUCCCGUAACACCCUUGGAGAUGGAAUGUACAGUCCCACAGUUACCGCUAAAACCAGCCCUUGGGACUAUCUUGGAGGUGUAUACCCCACUGAUGCUUUUGGAGCAACAUAUAUUCCCACGGUACUAAAACCAUCCGGUCCCAAGCCUUCCCCACCUCGGAAUGUUUCCGUGCAAGAGACAGAUGAUGGCGUUCUUAUAUCUUGGCUUUCUCCACUUAACCAGAAAAUUCCUGUGGCCUUCUAUUACGUUGAGUAUCGUACACAGUCUAAGCCUUGGAAACGUUGGGGACCUAUAAAACACGCUACUUCGUAUUUAGCCAAAGACCUGCCCUCUGGUCAAUACAAGUUUCGCGUGUAUGCAUAUUCGAUCAUGUCAGUAGGACAGCCAAGUCCAGAUGUUUCCCUCAUUAUUUCAGGUGAAAGCUAUGAGUCGACAGAAAGUCGUGCGAUUACUGCUGGAAUUGUUGGAGGUGUUUUGUUCUUCGUAGCAGCCAUAGUUUUGUCAAUAUGUGCAGUAAAGAUAUGUAAUAAAAGGAAACGGAGAAAAGCAGAAAAAGCAUACGUGAUGGUGACAUGCCCUCUUGCAGAAGCUAGGAAUGGAGGACACUCGCAUGGUGGUAGCCCGUCACCAAUUAAAAGCAAUGGAUCAUCAUCCUUCAGACCAAAAAGCAGAAUAUCAGAUUUAAUGAGUAAAGUUAUAUGUUGUAUGUCUACCAGUAAAGCCUAUUUUUUUAACUAAGUCCCAACUCCAACCUGGUUAGGUCACGUUACUCAGAGAGUAACUCUCAAUAAUGGUCAAAGACAGUGGACCGUGUUCUUCAAGGCUGCUGGAUUUCCAAGACAGUUGGAACUUAAAUAAUCUUGGCCUCUGAUCUGAGUUAACUGGACAACUGGAGCGAGGAGAAGGUCCCAUGUGAUGCUCAACUCCUCUCUACAUCAAGAUCACAAGCCAGUCUCUGAAUUGAUGCUAACAGUUGAAAUAGUAUUCACUAUUAUCUUACGUUCGAGUGUCUUGUGUUGGUUACGAAGGUUUUAUUUCCCUGUUCCUAAGCUUCCUUCAGUCUCGCCAGUCAGCCUACUCCUAGUGUAUAUUCCCUCUUUAAUUAUCCUUUCAUGGAACAAUUUCUCGUUACUAUACUCAAUGAGAUCCCAUUAUUUUGGCCUCUACAAAAUCAACUUGUGAAGGUCAAUCAAACAAUUAAAAAAAAACAUAACAACUCAAGACAAAAUACCACCAUUUUAUUCAUAAUGCAGUGCCACAAACAGAAAAGCAACUGACAUGGCACUUCCGUGAAAGAUAAACUUUAGUAUGGUACUUGGAUAAGUGGAUGUCAUGCUUUCAUAAUUGGUCCCUGACUGUUCAUCUUUCCAUCCAAGACCCAUCUACUGUUCCUUAACAUAGACUAUAUUGGUAAGUGGAAGUUCUCUGUACUUAAGUAGAUGUUAAAAUGAGGUCAUCUGGAUAGUCAGUGUUUUCAGACCUACCUCUUCCCGUACAAUAUAUGAAUAAAAGUAAAGCUCACAGUAGGUUAAUAGCUGCCAUUAGUUCCCCUAAAUUUAAGAGAAGAGCUAAAAUAAAUUGAACAACAUCCAAACCUAGAAGAAGAAGACAUUCAGCCAAGUUCAAAUAUUAUUCUAAAUAAUUCUGAUGAUCUGGUUACACUUACAGCAUAUACAUAUACACCAGAGACACGCCUCUAGGGUUAUUAAGCAUCUGCACAGUGAAAUAUUACAAUGAGAAGAAUUCUUCAACGUUGGCGCUUCCGAGUUUUAAAUUAAGAAUUUGGAAUAAACUGCUCAGUUCUCGCCAACCUCACUGUCAGGAGAGAAAGAUACACGGUCAUCUUCACUUUCUUCCAGAUUCGAAUGAAUAGGUUUCAUUGAAGCAUUCUCGAGAUAUAUUGCUCACUCAUUUUCUAAAAGAAAAAGUUAUAAUUAUCGAUCGUAGACUUCCUCAGCCUCGGAUGAAUAUCACAAGUGGAAAUUCAGAGCGGAGCGGUUAAGCUUCAUUUGUCUCUUUCAUUCUCAUGAAGAUAGUCUACCAGGAGAAGUUGAGAUAGUAAAAGCAUCAACGGUUAUGCUAGCAGGAACGUUUCAGCAGUAUAGUCCUCAACCCAACCUUGUACAGUUCUGGGAUACUACAAAUACAUCAAGAUAAACCCGUAAUAUCAAUGAUCUACGUAAUAUUAAAAUUUCUAAGCUUCUUUAUAUAUCAAUAGGCAAGAAUUAUGAGUUUGACAAAGUUUUGUCACUUGGGUCAGGGGUCCUAAGUCGAAUUAAAACCUUUCGUGAACCCAGUCGUACACAUAUAUUCCAUCAAUGCGUGAAAACUUGGAACAUGGGCUUAAUAAUAAUGAAAUAUAUCUCAAAUCAUAUCUUACUUAUUGUGACAAAGAAACGCAUUUUUCUACUUUGAAGAAAGAAGCCCUGUGGUUUCAGCGAAGAAAUGAAUAUGAAUGACUAAUGUCUGACAAUCUAGAAAGUGUAUACCAAUAUAUUUAAAACAUAUAAAUACAACUUAUAAGUUAUUCAUUUGUGGAUGAAUCAAACCAUCCAAUAUUUUUAAUUCAGAAACACUGGUUAUAUUUGAUAGCCCUAAUUAUUUGGCUAAAAUUAUAAUACAUUUAACUAGACACGACAUGUUUGUGGUUAAAAAAAAACAGAACAUUGACUCAUUACUGACAAGAAAAUAUAAAGUUUUCCAAAAUGAAAAAUAAGAUAAGAAAUAACGCAUUGGAUUUUCUUAUAACAGCAUUAAUGACUGUUGUGUCGUUUUUAUUUUUUUUGUAGCAACAUCAGUUUUUCUAGUUGUAGCUCAUUUUUGUUUGGAUGAUGUGAAUGUUUUACAUUCCAGGUAGAUAAUUAUUUCUUCGUCUUGCCAUCCUGCCAUCUUGCCAUCUCUACUGGCGUGUAAUGUACUUAAGUGAUAUGAUAUAUAUCGUUAUUUGUACCGAUAAUGUAAUGUGAAAUAGCAUUAACUUAAUUUUUCAUUUUUUUUAUUCCAAGUAGCUUCAACCGGACACAAUACAUGUUAUUUUAAGUUAAAAAGUCUAGUCCUGUGUCUAAACAUUAUACACAAAGUAAUUCUAUUCACUCUCAAUGCUUCUAAACGAUUAGCUUCAUUUUUUCCUCUUAAAAUCGUCACUUAGAUUCUAAAAUGUCCAACAGCGGUAGAGAUUCAUAAAUAACCUAAGAUGAAAUACAAUCCAAAUCAUUUAUUGAAGAUGUUAUAUUAAAAGAACAGAGCAGAAUCUUACUAGUGAAACCACAAAUGAUUAUUGAAAUACAUCUUUUGGGCAUAACAACAGUAUAAAGUGUACAUUAUGGUAUGAGUGAAGUAUCUGAAGUAUUCACAGAUUUUCGUGUGUUUUCGUGUACGAAUGAAGUAUUUGAAGUAUUCACAGAUUUUCGUGUACGAGUGAAGUAUCUGAAGUAUUCACAGAUUUUCGUGUGUUUUCGUGUACGAGUGAAGUAUCUGAAGUAUUCACAGAUUUUCGUGUGUUUUCGUGUACGAGUGAAAUAUCUGAAGUAUUCACAGAUUUUCGUGUGUUUUCGUGUACGAGUGAAAUAUCUGAUGUAUUCACAGAUUUUCGUGUGUUUUCGUGUACGAGUGAAGUAUUUGAAGUAUUCACAGAUUUUCGUGUGUUUUCGUGUACGAGUGAAGUAUCUGAAGUAUUCACAGAUUUUCGUGUGUUUUCGUGUACGAGUGAAAUGUCUGAAGUAUUUACAGAUUUUCGUGUGUUUUCGUGUACGAGUGAAGUAUCUGAAGUAUUCACAGAUUUUCGUGUGUUUUCGUGUACGAGUGAAGUAUCUGAAGUAUUCACAGAUUUUCGUGUGUUAGUGAAAACUGAAGAAAUGGAAAUCAGUGAACAACUAAAAAUAACACAAAAUUGGCAAAUUUUGAUACUUUUUUUAUUACUUUUACUAUAAAUUAACUUGAUAUUGUAUUUUAGAAAACGAGUGUUUGUUCGAGAUAUGGCAUUUUUAUAUGAAGGAUUUUAUACUUUUCCAAUCACUCAAAGGUAAGACAUUCUCUGAAACUUUUAAUUGAAUGUGCGGAUGAAAUCCAAGUGAAAAAUUAUCUUUCAGCAAUAUUUUUCGUCAAAUGCUAUAUUUAUAGUAUACCUAAUUCAUUAAUAUUUAUAUCUUGAUGAAUAACCAGGAAUUCAGAUUUCAAUGUUUGAUAUGGUAGUAUUUUUGCCAUAUGCGUCUCAUCGAAUA